AUGGAAGAUCUUGUCUUCAGCUGCUUCAACCGAGAAGGCUCGCAGGUGAAGGGCUUCGUCGUAGCUGGCGGAGUUCUGUAUGGGGAGGGCGAAUCCAUUUUCGUAGAGAUGUUCAAAGAUGCAUGGCGGGGCGUGCAGUCCCAUGUUGUAGUGACCCCGGGCGUCAAUAAGGUGCCCACUGUCCACGUGCGGGACAUGGCGAGGGUCGUCAGACAAGUAAUCACGAACGCAGAGGGCAUCAACCCUCUUGAAGCCACUCCAUACUUCCUGGCAGUAGAUCAGCCGCCGGCAGCCAAAGAAGGCCAGCCGUCCAUGCCGGCUGCGCAAGCAGAAAUUGUCCAAGCAAUUGUGGACGAAAUGGGCGAGCACUAUGAUGUCCCUCGCGUGCCGAAGGCAAGCAUUGCGGAAGGUGGGAUGAGCGAUCUACAGGAGGCCAUGGCUUUGGACCUUUGGAUCGAGCCCUCGGGCAUUGCACUCGCUGAGGACUUUUGCUCCAGCUUGGAGCCCCCUGGCUGGGUGUGCAAGAAUGGCCUGCUGGCAAACCUCAGAACCAUUGCAGAUGAGUUCUGCGCUGGUAAGAAGCUGCGAUCUAUGAGGAUCCUCAUCGCAGGGCCGCCAAACUCCGGCAAGACCAAUCUUGCCCAAGCGGUCGCGGAGCACUUCAAAGUGCCUCACCUGUCUCUGCCAGAGGAGGUCACAAGUGCAGAUCUGGACAAAACGAUCACGCAGAUCUCCUCCAGUGUUUGCCAUUUCCGGGGCUACGUCCUCGACGCAGGAGGCAUUGGCUUUGCCGAGGCAGAGAAGCUCUUCCGCUAUGACAUUGAGGUGCCCAAGAGCGAAGAGGAACAGGAGGAAGUCCCUGAGGGUGCGGAUCCGGCGCCGCCCAAGAUCGAGCGUAGACUCAAUGAGGAGACCUGUCCGGCUAUGGUCAUCAUCACGCAGGCGCCGGCCGCGAUUUGCAAGGCGCGAUGGCAAUCCUCUGGAGCUUCGCUGGAGGCCUUCGAGAAGUCGAUGCAGGCAUACAUCAGCAACAACCUGACGCAGAACGUGCACAGUCUGCAAGACUUCUUCCAAGACGUCGCAAACAAGGGCGUGUUGAACUUGCCGAUCACCGGCAAGGACGACGAGGACAUGUUCGAGAGUGCCCGGAUCUACAUCGAGCGGAACGGGCGGCCGUUCAACUACCUGACGCCCGAAGCAGAGGUCUCUCGAGAAAUCCGUGAGCGACGAGCGGAGAAAGAGAAGGCAGCGGCUGAAGCUGAAGAAUCCCUGAAGCAGAAGGACGACGGCAGCGCAGAGAAGAGAGAAGAGCAGAGGCACGCAGCGCGGCUCCGUAUCGUCUCGGACCACGAGGCUGCGCAGCAAAAGCUUCGACAGCUUCCUCUUCGUGAGUACCUGAUGCAGUACAUGGUCCCGAAUCUGACGGAAGGCCUCGUGGAGGUUUGCAAGGUGUUGCCAGAUGAUCCCGUGGAUUACUUGGCCAACUACCUGGAGGAGCACGCGGCACGGACGGUUGCUCUCAAGCGCUGA